CCUCUCGUGCUCUGGGCCCAGGCCUCCCCAAAUGGCUCCCUGAGGCUCCCUCCAGCAGGAAGAUGUCACAGAGGCACAGGAAGGAAAAACACGCAGAGCCGACCUCUCGGAGCUACUCUCUGUGCGGCAGGCUUUGGGUCAGCGCCAGUCUUGACAUCAUCCGGCGGUGAGACCCAGAUGUACGGCUCCCUGUGGUAAUACGAAAAAGUGUGUUUUUAAACCAACAAAUUCAGGAGGCUUUUCCAGGGAAGACAGGGAGAAAUUGAUGAUAGCCCAUAAGAGGAAAGGAAGGUGAAAAGGAGAAAAGCAAAGGUAGCAGAAUAAGGAAGGCCACCAUGGAUGGAAUUGAAUUUCUGCCCCAAAAUAUUUCCUACAGGAAGACUUUCAGCAGGGGUGAAAUGGAGCUAGACAGCACUUCCACCUCCUCUCACUGAGAUGAAAAAUGGCCUGCAUACUGUAUGUGUUCUAUUGUCGGUGAAUGAGGAGGGAAGAAACAGCAUAAAAAAAGAAAAUCAUACUGAGCCACUUUUUGACUUAUUUCUCUUCAUUUGAGCAAAAAUUUUUUCAGUGACCCUAACUGUAGAGUGAUUAUUUUGCAGUUUAUUUGGGUUGGAGUUAAUGUCAACUCAGAUGCAGGGCAAACUGUUGGACAUAAUAAGUCAAACCAGAUCCAGCUUUCUCAUAGUUGGAGCAUGGGUUCAACUGUUUGCUUCUCUGUCAUGGUUUUCCACGUUGAUUCAAUGUUAUUACAUUUUAUUUUUGUUGUUGAAAUGACGUGGAAACAACGUUGAUUCAACCAGUGGGACACCUCAUGGGCCUCAAGAAAGGAGAGCUUUCACCUAAUAGCCUACUCUAGAACAGAGUUUUUGGUUGCUCAGCAUUUAAUGUGAACUAGGACUACAGGACAGAUCUAAAUAGAAUAUAAUCUCUCUCUCUCUCUCUCUCGCUCUCUCUCUCUCUCUCUCUCUCUCUCUCUCUCUCUCUCUCUCUCUCUCUCUCUCUCUCUCUCUCUCUCUCUCUCUCUCACUCUCUCUCUCGCUCUCUCACUCUCUCUCUCUCUUGCUCUCUCGCUCUCUCUCUCUCUCUGUCUCCCCUCCUGGAGGACCUGAGCCCUAGGACCAUGACCACUCCUGGCUGUCCCUGUCCCCAGUCCACCUUGUCAUACUGCUGAUCCAGACCUGUUCACCGGAACUGCUACCUUGUCCCGGACCUGCUGUUUCGACCGUCUCUCUCUCUCUCUCGCUCGCUCCUUCUCUCUAUACCGGACCUGCUGUCUCGAUCUCUGAUUGCUCGGCUAUGAAAAGCCAACUGACAUUUACUCCUGAGGUGCUGACCUGUUGCAUCCUCUAUAACCACUGUGAUUAUUAUUAUUUGACCCUGCUGAUCAUCUAUGAACAUUUGAACAUCUUGAAGAACGAGCUGGCUUUAAUGGCCAUGUACUCUUAUAAUCUCCACCUGGCACAGCCAGAAGAAAAUGGGCCACCCCUCGGAGCCUGGUUCCUCUCUAGGUUUCUUCCUAGGUUCCUGCCCUCUAGGGAAUUUUUCAUAGCCACCGUGCUUCUACAUCUGCAUUGCUUUCUCUUUGGGGUUUUAGGCUGGGUUUCUGUAUAAACACUUUGUGACAACUGCUAAUGUAAAAUGGGCUUUAUUAAAUACAUUUGAUUGAUUGAUUGAUUGAUUGAUUUAAUAUAUCAUGGACCACUCUAAUAUCUCCUUCCCCCACUCUCCCCUACAAGAAAAACUCAAACAGUUUAUCUAGAAAAGGGAAAGAAGUGCUUUUUGUCAACACCAUAAGGGGAGCACUGUCUCAAUUCCCUACCGUACAGUAUGCUUACUUCCAGACGUUUGUAGCCCAGAGGGCCUCGCUAAAGAGUUGUAGCUGGAAAAUGGUGCGCAGGGGUAAUAUUUUAAUAACAUACUCUCCAGGCAGGCCCGCAGCGUGAAAUAUUAUAUAUUAUAAUAUAUAUCACAUUUCAAACACCCAUUGACAGGGGAGAUGUCAGAGAUAUUAAUUGGUGUCAGACACACGUUGUGGCUCUCCGUUCAGAGGCUUGGAUAUACCUCUCCACUUAUGAUAUUUUAUGACCAACUUCUCCAGAGAAGAAGCAGGAGGAGGAGGAAGUCUGACCAAGCAGAUUAGGUUGUGCACCUGAAUAGGUUAUGACUGUAGCAGUACCCUCCCAUGAGCACAUGUACACAGGAACCAUUGUUUUAUGUGCUGCUGAGUUUGGCAGGGGGAUUGAAAGUGUGUGUGUUUGUGUGUGUGUGUGUUUGGAGGGGAUGGUCAGUCGGGAAGCAGAGGAAUUCCCAGAGAAGGAAUUGCGGAACAAUGCAGGCUAUCCUACUAUUGCUUUACUCUGGCACAGGUUGCUGUGACCCACCCUCAGUAUCCAUGUCCAUGUACAGAGGCAGAGGUGAGAAGUCGGCAACAGCCACUCCAAGAAAAUGCUUCCUUGUAAAAACAAUCGAACAAUGUGAGACAGGCCUGUGUGUGCUCACGCUAUCCUGUUCCAAAGAUGAGGCAAUUUAAUCGUAAUCAAUCUAUUAACUAUUAUGAUAGGGACUGUUUCUUGUCCAUGUCAGCAAAAGGAUGCGUGGGUGAGUUGGAACUAGAACUUGGCUUAGACCAAGAUGAUGAUGGCAUACUUUCUGCAACACAAGUAACAUGGCUGGAGUAUUUCAUAAAGCAAUUUGUAUCUUCUAAUGUGAAAAUUAAGAUUUUUUGGGGGGAUGAGCUGCAAGAAGUGUGUGUCAGACAAUGUCUACAUGUCUUGUGAGAUCAAGAUGGGGUGUGUGUGUGUGUCACAUGGGAAAUUCUCCCAGCGCUAGGCCUGCUGGAGACCUAGAGAGAAACCAUUGGGUUAUUACAUUUCGCACAAGAGCAAAAACUCAGAGGAUAUCCCUAAUCAGGGGCCAGAGAGUGUGCAAUGAACAACCUCGUUGACAGAAACAUGGAGCCCUACACUUGCAGCUGGGCAUGCUAACAACCUCAGGGAUUUACUGUAGUGUGACGUAGUAAAGUACAGAAUAUGGAGAAUCAAGCUAAAACUCUCCACCCCCAAAAAACACAGACACAUUUACUCCUUUGGGAAAUGUUGCAGUGACUGUUUUUAGACUAUAUGCGGAUGCAACUUAUGUUGAUAUCUGUACAGUUUUGGUCCUCUGUUUUGCACACCGUGACAUGUUGUAUCAGUUGCAGCACAUUCCACAGCACUUGAAUAAGAUGUGUUUUACUGACCCUAACAUUGGAACACCUGGACGUUCACAUGGUCUAACGAGGAAAAUAUUAUUUUGACAAAGUGUUGCAAGCCUCAGUACCAAAAUAAUUCCAUUCCACUUUAUUGCAGUACGUUUUCUAUGUUAAUUGUAGAACAAUACGAAAGCAAUUUGAACACAAUUUUAUGGCCUUUACAUUCGUUCAAUCUUAGUCUCUCGUGACAUACUUAACAUAAAUGUCCAGCACACAUGAGAUUUGGGACUGGGUUCUGAGAUUACUUCAAUUACUAAGGUUCAAGGAAUCAUGCAGGCAAAAAAAUCUAAUAAACCUAUCAUCAUCUCCAAGAUCACCACCUCUUGCUAAUGUGUAAACACUUAUAGCUGCAAUGAUAAUCUUUUAAUAAGAAGCGGCCAAAUUUCCAUUGAUCUUAUUUGGUCCUCAGCAGCAGCUUGCUACGCCUCUGUUUAAUCCAGAUGGUAGGAAUCCAAAGACAUCACUCUUCCCUUUUCCAUAAAGUCAGUCUCCUAAUAAUAGCUCAUAUCUGACUACCUCUUUUGUCAAAAAGAGCGACACAUACAAAUAAUAUGGUUCAGGAGAGACAAUGGGGAGGAUGAAAACAACAGGAUGAGACAGCCUCUUAAUGUAUGUGCUUGAAGUGAACCUAUUGACUGCUCUGUAUCAUGAUGACUCCAGAGUGGAGGGAGUUGGCUUGCUUAGCUUGCUUUCUUGCUGGUAUAUCAAAGCCAAUUAUAAAGCCAUAGUCUGUAUUUUGAAGUAUUGUAAAUAGUGUUGAAUCACAGGCACUCAAACAGCAUUUAAUAAUUUACACAUAACUGCCACAUGAUGGCAUGAUAUAGUCACUUUUACCUCUGUCCUCUUUUUGUGUGUGUGUGGGAAAAACGUCCCCUCUUGGCAGUGGAUUUUGUUUUUCAGUGUUAAAGAAAAUGUUGCAAGGGUUUCUAAAACCCUUGCAACCUCUUUUUGGUUGUGGGCCCCGUAGCAGCAGUACGUAAUCUGUGUAUAGGAAGAGGCGGAUGUGUGUGUGUGUGUGUGUGUGUGUGUGUGUGUGUGUGUGUGUGUGUGUGUGAGUGUGUGUGCGUGCAUGCAUCCAUCUCAUUUUUGAGUGGAGGAAGUAUUUCUUUCGAUUUAAACAACUCUUCUUUGGAAAUAAAAACUGAAAAUACGCUAUUACCUAGCCCUAGCCUACCUCUUUUAAAACAUCCUGUUUAUAACCGUGUGGUUAACUGCUACUGUAGAGCAGGUCUUCUAGUCAUUACUGCUGGAGAAGAUGUGUAAGAGAUGCCCCUAUGUUGAUUUGGGUUGGGGUAAGUGUGAAUUUGUAUAAUACAUUAUGAAUAUUAAGUUAUUAUUAAAUUAAUAUAUUUGUAACAUUAUUAUCAUAUAGAUGGUUUUCACAACGCCCUCAUUAAAUCCAGGCCUAGAAGGUUAGAAUGCUAAUUGUGUCAGAAUGUACCUAUUAAAUAGAAUUCUCAAAAUCGGGACAUAAUUGUGAAAUAAAAAUGUUACACUUUGAACCAAAUAGUCUUUCUUCAUCAGCCACACACUAGAAUUUAAAAGUUGUCUUCAAUGUGUUUAUUUUGUAUUUGUUUGUUACAGCAGUGUAUAUGAUGACCAGUUUAGUCCUUUCCGAGAGUCUACUAAUAAUCCAAGCAGACUGCAAUGAAGAUAUUUAUAUGAAGUGUGAAGCUAUCCAGGAUAAGAGCUAUCGAUCCAUUACAUGGUAUAAGGUAGGCCAUAAUUGGUACUGCAUUUACAUUUUAGUCAUUUAGCAGACACUCUUAUCCAGAGAGACUUACAGUUAGAGAGUGCAUACAUUUUCAUACUGGCCCCCCGUGGGAAACAAUCCCACAACCCUGGCGUUGCAAGCACCAUGCUCUACCAACUGAGCUACAGGGGAACGUCUCUAUUUCAAAUACAUUUGGGUAUUCGUUGAUGACGUGAGUGCUAUGAGAAGUAAAUCUUUAAAAUCAAACUAUAUAAUUUUGUAUUGUAAAGGCAAAUAUUAUUUGUGUAUUCUGCUCUGUUUGCAACUAGUGUCACAUAUUAUGCUAAACAAAAAGAUAAACGCAAUUUGCAACAAUUUCAAAGAUUUUACUGAGUUACAGUUCAUAUGAGGAAAUCAGUCAAUCAGUCAGUUGGCCGGGGUAGGCCAUCAUUGUAAAUAAGAAUUCGUUCUUAACUGACUUGCCUAGUUAAAUAAAGGAUAAAUUAAAAUUAAAAAUAAUAAUAAUUAGGCCUUAAUCCAUGGAUUUCACAUGACUGGGAAUACAGAUAUAUACAGUGGCUUGCGAAAGUAUUCACCCCCUUGGCAUUUUCCUGUUUUGUUGCCUUACAACCUGGAAUUAAAAUUGAUUUUUUGGGGGUUUGUAUCAUUUGAUUUACACAACAUGCCUACCACUUUGAAGAUGCAAAAUAUUUUUUAUUGUGAAACAAACAAGAAAUAAGACAAAAAAACUGAAAACUUUAGCGUGCAUAACUAUUCACCCCCCCCCCCCCCCCCCCUCCCCAAAAAGUAAAUACUUUGUAGAGCCACCGUUUGCAGCAAUUACAGCUGCAAGUCUCUUGGGGUAUGUCUCUAUAAGCUUGGCACAUCUAGCCACUGGGAUUUUUGCCCAUUCUUCAAGGCAAAACUGCUCCAGCUCCUUCAAGUUGGAUGGGUUCCGCUGGUGUACAGCAAUCUUUAAGUCAUCCCACAGAUUCUCAAUUGGAAUGAGGUCUGGGCUUUGACUAGGCCAUUCCAAGACAUUUAAAUGUUUCCCCUUAAACCACUCGAGUGUUGCUUUAGCAGUAUGCUUAGGGUCAUUGUCCUGCUGGAAGGUGAACCUCCGUCCCAGUCUCAAAUCUCUGGAAGACUGAAAGAGGUUUCCCUCAACAAUUUCCCUGUAAUUGGCGCCAUCCAUCAUUCCUUCAAUUCUGACCAGUUUCCCAGUCCCUGCCGAUUAAAAACAUCCCCACAGCAUGAUGCUGCCACCACCAUGCUUCACUGUGGGGAUGGUGUUCUCGGGGUGAUGAGAGGUGUUGGGUUUGCGCCAGACAUAGCGUUUUCCUUGAUGGCCAAAAAGCAAAAUUUUUGUCUCAUCUGACCAGAGUACCUUCUUCCAUAUGUGUGGGGAGUCUUCCACAUGCCCUUUAGCGAACACCAAACGUGUUUGCUUAUUGUUUUCUUUAAGCAAUGGCUUUUUUCUGGCCACUCUUCCAUAAAGCCCAGCUCUGUGGAGUGUACAGCUUAAAGUGGUCCUAUGGACAGAUACUCCAAUCUCCGCUGUGGAGCUUCGCAGCUCCAUCAGGGUUAUCUUUGGUCUCUUUGUUGCCUCUCUGAUUAAUGCCCUCCUUGCCUGGUCCGUGAGUUUUGGUGGGCGGCCGUCUCUUGGCAGGUUUGUUGUGGGGCCAUAUUAUUUCAAUUUUUUUAUAAUGGAUUUAAUGGUGCUCUGUGGGAUGUUCAAAGUUUCUGAUAUUUUUUUAUAACCCAACCCUGAUCUGUACUUCUCCACAACUUUGUCGCUGACCUGUUUGGAGAGCUCCUUGGUCUUCAUUGUGCCGCUUGCUUGGUGGUGCCCCUUGCUUAGUGGUGUUGCAGACCCUGGGCCUUUCAGAACAGGUGUAUAUAUACUGAGAUCAUGUGACAGAUCAUGUGACACUUAGAUUGCACACAGGUGGACUUUAUUUAACUAAUUAUGUGACUUCUGAAGGUAAUUGGUUGCACCAGAUCUUAUUUAGGGGCUUCAUGGCAAAGGGGGUGAAUGCAUAUGCACGCACCACUUUUCCGUUAUUAAUUCUUUUGAAUUUUUUCAAACAAGUUAUUUUUUUCAUUUCACUUCACCAAUUUGGACUAUUUUGUGUAUGUCCAUUAAAUGAAAUCCAAAUAAAAAUAAAUUUAAAUUACAGGUUGUAAUGCAACAAAAUAGAAAAAAUGCCAAGGGGGAUGAACACUUUUGCAAGGCACUAUAUCUGUUGGUCACAGAUACCUUUAAAAAAAAAUGGGCCUCACAAUGGGCCUCAGGAUCUUGUCACGGUAUUUUUGUGCAUUCAAAUUGCCAUCGAUAAAAUGCAAUUGUGUUCGGUGUCCGUAGCUUAUGCCUGCCCAUACCAUAACCCCACCGCCACCAACUUAGACAUUAGAAAACCACUCACCAACAUGACACCAUACAUGUGGUCUGCGGUUGUGAGGCUAGUUGGAAGUACUGCCAAAUUUUGUGCACAGAAUUCAAGAGAAAUAAGCUUUUUGUGCGUAUGGAACAUUUCUGGGAUCUUUUAUUUCAGCUCAUGAAACAUGGGACCAACACUUUAUAUGUUGCAUUUAUAUUUUUGUUCAGUGUACAUAUUGUCACGAUUCUCUAAAGCAGAACCCAGAAGCAGACCAGGACAAGGUAGUAGAACGAAGGUGAGUAUUUAUUUCACUGACUCAAAUGUGGAAACAGAAUCAUCCAGGAGACGGAGAGCGGGCAUCGGAGGGGUGAAGUUGGUGGGAGUGAAUAGGCAGAUCCAAUGGUGUCCACAGAAGCCACCGACGACCAGGCAGGGGUGGGGUGAAUGUUUCCGGGAGAAUGACUGGUAGAACCGAGUAAACAGAGGUUGAUACACGGCAGCCAAAAUUACAGAACAAACAAACUAACUCAUAGUAAGCUUGAGGCUGAAACGCUGACACAACAUACUGUUCAUGGCUAAUGAGCCGACAGGGAAUAGAUGUCAGUCAGAGCUCAAAGGGGGGUAAUAGAGAGAUCUCCCGCCUAGCUUCGUCGCCUGGCAACCAGACAGGGUGCGUUCAGACAGGGUACUAGAAGUCAGGGCAGUUAAUGGAGUGGCCACACGGCUGUAAUCACGGAUAAAUCUACGAUAGAAAUUCGCAAACCCCAGAAACCUCUGGAGCUGCAAUCUCGUACCGGGCUGGUCCCAAUCCAGAACCGCCCUAACCUUCUCAUGAUCCAUCCUAAUCUCUCCCCUGGAGAUGAUGUACCCGAGGAAGGAUGUAGUGUGGGCGUGAAAUUCACACUUCUCGGCCUUCACAAACAGGCGGUUCUCCAACAAUCGCUGCAGAACCUGCUUGACAUGCUGGACGUGGCUGGAAAGCUCCUUAGAGAAGAUAAGAAUGUCAUCCAGGUACACGAACACAAAAAGACCGAUCAUAUCUCUCAGGACGUCAUUCACCAUACUCUGGAACACUGCUGGAGCAUUGGUCAGUCCAAACGGCAUCACCUGAUACUCGAAAUGACCCAUCGGUGUAUUGAAACCAGUCAACCACUCGUCCCUCUCUCUGAUCCGGACCAGAUGAUACGCAUUGCGUAGAUCUAGCUUGGUGAACAGAGUAGCACCCUGUAAGGAGUCGAAAGCAGAGCUCAUCAAGGGCAGGGGAUACUUGUUCUUGACUGUAAUAUCAUUCAAACCCCGAUAAUCAAUACAAGGUUGAAGAGAGCCAUCCUUCUUACUCACAAAAAAGAAUCCUGCCCCCAGGGGUGAUGACGAGGGACGAAUGAGACCAGCAGCUAGAGACUCCUUUAUGUAGGUCUCCAAAGCUUCACGUUCAGGUCGAGAGAUACUGUAUAACCGUCCCUUGGGAUAGGCAGCUCCAGGGAACAGGUUAAUGGCACAAUCAUAUGGUCGGUGGAGAGGAAGUGACAGAGCCUUCUGCUUACUGAACACUUCCCCCAAAUCGUGAUAUGUUUCAGGAACCAGGGACAAAUCUGGGGGGGUAGACUCAAUGACCUGACUGGGAACAGAAUGGGAACAGGCAGUCUUAAGGCAGUUAGCAUGACAUUCAAUGCUCCAACUAGUUACCUUGCCAGUCACCCAAUCAAACGUGGGAUUGUGUUCUCUCAGCCAGGGGUAUCCAAGAACCAGAGGAACAUGGGGAGAAGGCAGAAUGAAGAAGGAGAUAACCUCUGAAUGAUUCCCUGACAACAGCAUCUUAUCCAGUUCUGUCCUCAUAGUGAUACGUGCCAGACUACUGCCGUUCAGAGUGGUAGCUUCAAUGGCUUCCGGUAAUCGCUCCUUGGUAAGCCCCAGCUGUUCCACCAAGUCGGCAUCAAUAAAGCUGCCAUCGGCACCUGAAUCGAUGAAAGCGUUAAUCGCUAAACUCUGAUUCUUGUUCAUGAGGGUAGCAGGAAAACGGGGUCUGACAGGGCUAUUGAGAGGUUGAAACUGGCUCGCUAAAAGUCCUCCCAAAUUUAGCGAGCUGGGCAGUUUAACGGGCGCUGGGGACAAGCGGAGAUGUAAUGUCCCGAGCUACCACAGUAGAGGCAGCUGUUGGUCUCACGUCUACGUUGGCGCUCCUCCUUGGUUAACCCGUGCUGCCCCACUUGCAUGGUUUCAGGAUCUGGAGGCAGGACCUCUCCACUAAUCCCGUGUGGUGAACAAUGAUCGACUUGUUCUGGUCCACUUCCUGACCCGAAUGGUAACCGAGUAGCUGAUUGAUUGGACGGGCCCCAUUGCUUCUCCCUCCUUCUCUCUCGGACUCUGUUAUCCACCCGAAUAGAUAAUGCUACCAAACUGUCCAGGUCACUAGGCUCCGGAUAGGAGAUCAGCUCAGUUGCUUGAGUUGCUCCGACAACCCCUGAUAAAAAGCCGCUUGUAGUGACUCCUCAUUCCACCCACUCUCCACAGCCAACACUAAUCCACACUGCAUAAGAAAUGAACGGCAUCUUCCCAAAUCCCCUUCGUACUUAUCUGGCGUCGGAACCUUGGGCUCACAGAAGGAAACAGCUCCAGAAGCAGGUGAGAGGGGUGAAGCAGGUGGUGGAUGAUCCGCCGGCAAACUGAGCUGAGCCUGGAUACUCGUCAGACUAGCAGAAAAGUUCCGAACCGAAAACGCUAUCUCCUGUAGCGCCGUGCUGUGUUGUCCCAACAUCUUCUCCUGAUGGGUAAUGGAAUGGCGUACAGAGUCCAGGUCCGCUGGGUUCAUUCUUGGCCGGAUCGUUCUGUCACGAUUCUCUAAAGCAGAACCCAGAAGCAGACCAGGACAAGUUGAGUAGAACGAAGGUGAGUAUUUAUUUACUGACUCAAAUGUGGAAACAGAAUAAUCCAGGAGACGGAGCGGGUAGCGGAGGUGAGUUGGUGGGAGUGAAUAGGCAGAUCCAAUGGUGUCACAGAAGCCACCGACGACCAGGCAGGGGUGGGGUGAAUGUUCCGGGAGAAUGACUGUAGACAGAGUAAACAGAGGUGAGUACACGGCAAGCAAAAAUUACAGAACAACAAAACUAACUCUAGUAAACUUGAGGCUGAUACGCUGACACAACAUACUGUUCAUGGCUAAUGAUCCGACAGGGAAUAGAUGUCAGGUCAGAGCUCAUGAAGUGGAGAGGUGAUGAUCAGGACCAGGUGUGCAGAUAGCUGAUGAGAUGCAGGUGCGGGUAAUAGAGAGAUCUCCCGCCUAGCUUCGUCGCGUGGCAACCAGACAUGGUGCGUUCAGGAACCUCAGGAAACAGACUUUAGAACAGAAAACAGGCAACACAGGCAGAAACAGACUCAGGAAGCGGGAUUCAUGACACAUAUUCUAUAAUAUUAUUACAUUAGAGCAUUUUUUUCUACUGAGAGAAGGCUUCAAUAACUCCCUCCUGUGUGAGACAUUAAAUCUAAUAUGGAUCACUUCUUCUGGUAAAAUACCUCUGAUAAAAUAACAGAAUAGAUCAAUAUAAAGUCAAUACAAUCUUAUUUUCUCUGUGUUUAGCUGAACAACCGGACUGGUAUUAUCAGAAGAAGUGACAAUGAGAAGCCACAGUCAUAUGAAUUUCCCCGACCUGCCAGGUUUGGAGCGAUGGACAGUCUCAUUCUUCCCAGAGUCAGACCUGAGGAUGCAGGGACCUACCAGUGUCUCAUCAGGGCCAACAUAGGACAGACCAACAGAGUCUCAAAUGUCACCCUCAAUGUAUCUACAGGUAAACUAUCACUCACUAUACUGGUUUGACUUAGAGUUGGAUAUGGAAAUUAAUAGUACUAUAACCUAGGUUAUGACGAGGGAUGAUGGAUUUAUUGAUUGUUUGGAUACAUUGCUUUAAUCACCAUAAAAGCCACUGGGCCAGGCGAAAAUACAGGUUUCAUAGUACAGUACAGGCCCAGAGAAUAACUAAUGAAAGUGAGCAUUCUGUAACUUUCCUGGUCUCAUGAACUUUUAUCAUAUAUCCACAGAUUGUGUGAUCCAGACUACAGUGGCAGUGACAGCAUGGCAGGACGUGACUCACAGUACCCCACUGUGUACCAUGCACGUGGUGGAGGUCUCUGUCAUAUGGACUUCAUGUGGAUUCUUGAUUCUUGGCCUUGUCAAAAUCGCUCUGUGUCUCACCUCCAUUGAGGUAAAUCAAUAUUCUUUACAUCCAAAUAUAUAUUUUGUAUAUAGCCUUUAGCCCUACGUGGUGUCAUGGUAGCAGAAUAUGUAGUUGUUAGGCUACAUUACUGGAUUUUUUCAAAUUUCAGCUCCUCAGAUUUACCAUAGGUACAAUGACACAAACUAGUGAGUGUGGAGGGUUCUUACUGAAAUAAUAUGAGUUGUUUUCAUGACAGAUGACUAUCCAAACUCCAUAACUGCAGGGGUUUUGACACUCUAGGUGAGGUGACGUAGCCCUUUCCUGCAGUCAAAUGACCCAGGGGCCUCAUGGGUGGAAUCUUAUUAAUAUUUUUCAUAAUGUCAUAGUUAAUAAACAUUGUUUUUUGUAAAAACUCAGAAAAUCCGGUAUUUCUAUAUCAAACAGUUUUGUUAUAUUUCAGUCUUCUGUGAUGUAUAUAAAUUGUAAUAUUGGGAUGCAAACUCAAAAUGUAAUACAUUUCAACUCUAUAUCUGACAUGAUACAGGUGUCUUCUUUUUUUAAGCCCAUAACCAUGUGUGUGAGGUGUAUACUUUUGUUUCAAAGUAGGUUUGUUUAAGACUACCAAGAAACAAUCUGUGUAACUCUGAUUUAGCCCACUGCAGUAAAAGUUAAUAGAUGGUUGAGGAUUCACUCUGUGAGGUGACAUUUCCUCUCAAAGCGAGACCCCUCAAUAAACAGUUGCCCCCGCAUCCUCUCUUCUUUUCUCCAAAUGUGCAAAAUAUAGGUGGGCAUAGUUUUCCCCUCAAAGACGCUGACAUUAUAUUCAUGUUAAUUUUUCUCAUCAGGUUGUUCGAAACAUCAAGAGGAGACAUAGCAGGGGAAGACAACAGCAGUGGUAAUGAAAAUGGUUGCGUCUUGGUCAACAGUUCUGAGUGCAGUGAUUUCAAAAACAUGUUAGGCGUAUGAAAACAUCUGUUAGAUAGUUAGCUACAGGUAGAUGCCAAAAUAAAGGAAACACUUGAGAGUAAAUGAGGGAUUCAAAGUAUAUUGGAAGCAGGUGCUUCCACACAAGUGUGGUUCCUGAGUUAAUUAAGCAAAUAACAUCUCAUCACCCUUAGGUUCAUGUAUAAAAAUGUCCAGUUGCCCAUUAUUUUGGUUACCAUGGCUAGAAGAAGAGAUCUCAGACUUUGAAAGAGGGGUCUCAAAGGAGUAUAGGGGGUUUAAGGGUGUGUGUGUGUGUGUGUGUGUGUGUGUCUGUGUGUCUGUGUGUCUGUGUGUCUGUGUGUCUGUGUGUCUGUGUGUGUGCGUCUCAGUCACCAGAUCUCAACCCAAUUGAACACAUAUGGGAGAUUCUGGAGUGGUGCCUAAGACAGUGUUUUCCACCACCAUAAACAAAACACCAAAUGAUUUCUCGUGGAAGAAUGGUGUUGCAUCCCUCCAAUAGAGUUCCAGACACUUGUAGAAUCUAUGCCAAGGCGCAUUGAGGCUGUUCUGGCUCGUGGUGGCCCAAUGCCCUAUAGACGGGUUGGCUGACAACGUCACGAGAAUGAUACAUGCACAUGAGGCAGUCAGUGUGGCGUUAUGAUUCUGAAUGGUCAGAUAGCUAGCAACAAUUACAAGAAAUAUGGCUAAAAUUUGCUAGCUAGCUAACCAACAACCGUAACGAUGUAUUUGAGAGACAAGUGCUCAUUGUGCACAUUUAUUUAUAAACACUUGGAGACUAAAUAUAGUUUACAUGUUUAAAAAAAUUUAAGUAACACUGUCUGUUUUGCCCUAUAGUUUGGCACGCAUCAGUUUUGUUACUAAACAACCAACCCGUCUAUAAAGACACUUUUAUGUUAGUGUUUCCUUUAUUUUGGCAGUUACUUGUAGGUCACCUGGAAUAAACUUCAAAUUUGUGACAGACACAAUCAUUUAAAGUAAAACCUUACAAUGCAAUGAAAGAUGUAAAUAUCUGCUUCAAAUAUACAGUUUAUUAGAAGUUAUGCUUUGUGUUGCUAAAAUCUUGCAAUGAUACACUGAGCAGUUAUCCACUAAAUGCAAUUCUAUACUGAUUGUUCACCCUACUUAUCAUAGACUACUGUAUUGAUUUCAUUCUGACAAUACUGGAUUUGAUGGGUGAAGAUCCAUUGAUGGGUGAAUAUCCAAGAUUCACUUUGUGAAAUGUUUGAUGCUGAUGAGGUCUGAAUCAUGUCCAGGAUUGCUGGUAGCCCCUGCUGGUCGUGCCCUAUCGAGUAAACUCACACUGUUCAAACAGCAGGGUGCUGUGAUGACGACUUAGGGUCAGGCUUUGGGGAUUUCUCUGCGUAUGAUAUAGUAUUGUUAUUAACUAUGUAGGCCAGAAUAUACAAAUGCUCAGGUUUAUUGUUUUCUGUAUUCUUCAACUGUAUUGCGCCUUAUGUAUGUUACAGAAAAAAAACCUUUCCAAACAACUGUCUGUGGUUUUUCACAUUUACGUAUCUAGGCUUCUGCCAGGAAGUGUGUGUGUGUGUGUGUGUGUGGGGGGGGGGAGGGGUCUUUUUUUUCUUCUUUCUCACAAGAAACACCUAGGCCUACAAACCAAUUCGAUGUAAGGUGACUCAGACUCUGUUGUUUAUGUCUGUCUGUGAUAUGUUUUCCUUUUUAAAAAACGUAAAUCAUGUCUGUUAAAACAGCAAGUAAGUAAGCAAGUUGAAAAUUAUUAUUUGUUUCAACAUGGAUAAUCUUCCUCCUGCCCAUGCAAUGUUGUUUCCGUUCCUGUUCUUGCUUUCCUACCUAGAGAAAGUGAAAGAGCUAUAUCAUUCUACCCUUAUUGCCUGUAUUGGCCUUACCCUGUGGGGGAAAUCCAGCUGGUUUGGAUGUUGUACUGCUGGGUGCAUUGGCUUGACAGAAUCUACUGAUCAUAGAGGGGCUAACUCAGACUCCCCAAUGACUUGACCAAUGUACUGCAGCAGAUUACGCUGGUAGCAUCAGAACAAAGGAACAUAUUUUAUGGAUCAGGUACGCAUUGAUUUGAAAUUUACAGAGAUGUGCCUUCUCAUUGAGGGUCGAUUGAAAUAGACAAUUUGAAAACAUGAGUACAGUACUCCACCUGUUGGUGAUUUUUGAAAAUACAACCGGAACUUUAACACAACAACUUAGAUAUAAUAUCACAUGGAUAAAAAGGUGUUAUGUAAAAGUUGUUUUUCUUAAAUAAAAAUACUGUACAAAUAUAUAUUUGAAAUGUUGUACUGUAGUUUAUCAUGUGGACAUUCAUACAGGUUCAUAGUGCUACUCAUGCGUACGUGGCAAAUCGUCCCAUGCAUUAACGUUGAGCUUUUAUGGUUCCUUUUUUCUUAAAUACUUGCAAUCCGAUUCAUUACUCCUGUUUGAUACAGCCUGACAGGGGGGCCAUCUUUUGUAUUUUAUUAGGAUCCCCAUUAGCUGUUGCGAAAGCAGCAGCUACUCUUCCUGGGGUCCACGCAAAACAUGAAACAUGACAUAACACAGAACAUUCAUAGACAAGAACAGCUCAAGGACAGAACUACAUCAAUAAGAAAAUGGCACACGUAGCCUACAUAUCAAUACAUACACACAAACUAUCUAGGUCAAAUAGGGGAGAGGCAUUGUGCCGUGAGGUGUUGCUUUAUCUGUUUUUUUAAACCAGGUUUGCUGUUCAUUUGAGCAAUAUGAGAUGCAAGGGAGUUCCAUGCAAUAAUGGCUCUUUAUAAUACUGUACGUUUUCUUGAAUUUGUUCUGGAUUUGGGGACUGUGAAAAGUCCCCUCGUCGCAUGUCUGGUGGGGUAAGUGUGUGUGUCAGUGCUGUGUGUAAGUUGACUAUGCAAACAAUUUGGAAUUUUCAACACAUUAAUGUUUCUUAUAAAAAGAAGAAGUGAUGCAGUCAGUCUCUCCUCAACUCUUAGCCAAGAGAGACUGGCAUGCAUAGUAUUUAUAUUAGACCUCUGAUUACAAUGAAGAGCAAGACGUGCCACUCUCUUCUGGGCCAGCUGCAGCUUAACUAGGUUUAUUUCAUUGCGUUUCAUGUGUAUUAUGGCAGCUAAAAGCUAAAUUACAGUAACACGUACAAGAAACACAUUUAAAUUAAUAAGAUGAGAUGCAACAAAUUGAACAAAAUCAAAUCGAUUUUGGUGGUUGAAGGGACUGAGCAGUUGAGAGAGGAGGGAGCAUCCUGGUCAAAGUCACAGCCAGGGAGGUCGGUGGUCAUAUCAGAGUCAGAGACAGGUCCGCAGCCAUCAGCACACCUCGCUGUCCCCGACGUCCUCAGUCUCUCCUUAUGGAAUCCGUAGGUAGUUGACUAGCAACUCCUCUACACUACCAAUGUGUAGCACCCACUUGGGUGAUGCCCCGGCAGCCGCUGCUUCCAGACAGCCCACCACACAUCGUACUCGUCCGAGUAGCUAGUUGUCUUCAUCUUUACAGGCCUCUGCUAUCUCCCCAAUCCUCUCACUAUACUUCUCUCUGCCUCUCAAGCCGUUGAAGUUAUCAAAAGAUAAUUUAAGUCACCCUAUAGUUUAAAUUUAAAAUAUAUAUAUUUUCUAAUCUAUAUUCACUAAUUCACGUUUUUCUAAUGUGUCUCAAUUGCAGUCAAAGUGAGAAAAUGUAUAUAGUAAUAAAACAGGCAGGGAGAAUGAGCUUGUCCGCAGUGGUAUUCAAACCCCCAACCUUCUGGGCCGUAGCCCAGCGUAGCAUCAACUGUGCCAUAAAAGAACGAUUGUGUGGCAGAGUCAAUUUCCGCAAUUAUGAACACAGUGUCACUACAAUAUUUAACUAAAUAAGUCACACUGGAGUUAAAUCCUUCACUUUGUACUGUUUGCUUCUCACAUUUUCACAAACACUAUAUACAAGUAAAAACAUCAGCCCAAUAACAAAGCCAAUAAGCCAAAUCUGCAUGUCACAACAAUGUCCAAAUACACAGUGUCCAUAUAACAAUGUCCAAAUACACAGCACAUGAAACUUCCACGUUCAAAGCCUUUUCUGUGCCUUUUUUUUAUGACCAACAACUACAACACUUCAGUAUUUACAGUGGAAAAUACUGCAAGUGGCACUGAAACAACACAGGAUCUCCUUGAAGGUUUUGCGCAUCUCGAGGCUGCGGAAGGCAUAGAUGACGGGGUCUAUGACAGAGUUACACAUGAUGAGCACCAGGUAGGUAGUGAAGUGGGACAUGUAGCAAACACAGAGCGGGUUCUUGGGACAGGUGAUGAGGAGGAUGAGGUGGAGGAAGAAAGGUGCCCAGCAGCAGACGAACACCCCCAGAAGAAUGGUGAUGGUGACUGCUCCCUUCAUGCAGGUCCUCUGGGGCACCAAGCCCUCCACAGGAAGAGCAGCGAUGCGCUUGAUGUGCAGCCUCGCCAGCAGGAACAUGUGAAUGUACAGAGUGGCCAUGAGCACCAGCAUGGUGAAGAACAUGAUGAUCAGACACACAAUGACCGUCUUGCUCUCUGAGAAGACGAUGAAGACUAUCCCACAGACCACACAUGUCAGCCAGAUCCCCCCGAUGGCCAGGAGAGCCCGUCGCAUCGUCACGAUGCUGUGGUAGCGCAGGGCAUAGACGAUGGUCACGUAACGGUCAAUGGCGAUAGCUAGAAGGUUACAGAUGGAGGCCACCAGGGAGAUACAGAUCAUGGAGUCAAAGAAGUUGUCCAUAAGUUGAAUAAAGUGGUCGUCCGCCACUAUCAACCGACUGUUCAGCGCAGCGAUAACCACCGUCUCUAGUGAGUUGGAGACACUCACCAGCAUGUCAGCAGCAGCAAGACUACACAGGAAGACGUACAUGGGUGAGUGGAGGUUCUUGUUCUUCACCACUGCCGAUAUCACCAAGAUGUUCUCCAGAAGGCUGACGAUCCCCAGAGUCAGGAAUACCUCAGCCUGGAUGUGGACCGGCUCACACAGACCAGGCUCGAUGCUGGUGCCGAUGGCCGGUCCGGUUCCCCUGCUGGUCUUCCCCGGCCAGAGACUCCCUAGUAGUCUCAUUGAGCCA